UGAAUAUAGAGAGAACAUGGGGAAUAGGUUCUGUGAAGUACACAAGUACUAAAUCUGACUAUUCACUUCUCUACCUCUGUCUUUUCUUCUUCCUACCAUCCUCCUGUCUCUUUCUACUUCUCCCCCUUCACCCUUGCAUCUACAAAAUGUUGACCAAAAAUAAUACUGGAUCAGGUAGAAAUUGUCUGGACACCUUUUUAGCUGAAUGGUCAAGUUUGACACAUUCAUCCUAUCCGACAAUAACUUACUCUGUACCACCCAUCCGUCAAGAUGCCAUCUAUCACGCUCCACAACGGACCGCGAGGAGGAGGAGGAGGAGUCGACGCUGAUGACAGCGAUCUCAUCACGUUCACCCCCCAAGACCAUGCCGACGUCCUACGCUGUCCCUGCUUCAGCUUCGCUGGCAAUGACCGGCCAGUAUCCGCCCCGCACAUUCCGAAGAUUACAGGAUUGUAAUCAAGCUAUCGGGGCCCUUCAGGAAUCGUUUACACCAGCAGGAUGCAGAUCACUGCGCAGGGCUUCUGUUCGAUUGACCUACUUUCCGGAUAUUGAAACCCUGCUGAUCAAGGUUCCAACGGCUGCACAUGCGACGGCUCAUAGGUGUUUUACCGACGAGGCCGUUGUUAGUUUGGCGGCUAUGGGUAUUAGCCUUGCUGAGCGUGUAUGUACAGGAGCAACCACAUACGCCGCGCCCUCACAUUCCGAGAAGGAACCAGACACUUCCUACAAAAAUAGCCUCCUGAGACCCCUCGACACUGACUGGCCCCAUUUCGUGAUCGAAAGUGGGGUUCCCGAGUCGCUGCCUCGACUGCGCCAGGACGUGAACUGGUGGAUUGGCAACCCGGGCGGCAGGGUCCUCCUAGUAUUGCUUCUGAAGGUUUCCCGUGCGGAGAAGAAACUCACGGUCGAGAAGUACUUUCCAAAGCCCAGGCAGGGUCCAAGCACCAGGGCGCAGGCCGCGGCCGGCGACCCGGACUUUGUGCCACGACUUAUCUCUACUACAGUCGUCAAUAUGAAGAACAGCGCCCCCCCUCCAUUCAGGGGCCCUCGGGGGUCCUCGAGUUUAGCAGGGUGA